CGAGCUUAGUUGUUGGCCAGCGCGCGAGCGAACAAGACACGCGGCGGUUCGACGGCGGAACGAGCAGUGGAGAGAGAGAGAGAGCAAGCGGAAGCAAGAGAGAGAGAGAGCGUCACUUUCACCCAAGCGACAAAAUAAUGCCAGACUUAGGCAAUUAAUAGCGAAUUCUUGACAAAUUGAAAUCUAUAAUUGAAACAAACAUGAGUGCGCGCGAUGAUUUCGAGCAGCUGCGCGAGCAGCAGCAGCAGCAGCAAUUCGAACUGGAGCUGGAGCUCAAGCGCAAUCACAGCCUCAGCAUGCACAGUCAUCCCAAGCUCUACGAAUAUUAUACACAUAUGACUGCGUUUUUAUCGCUGGCCAUCUUCAUUGCCACGCUGCUGACCAUACUCAACAUUUGCAUCUACUUAACGACACUAACGCGUCUGCGUAGGCAUUUGAACAAACCACUGCGCACGCCUUCGAUUAUACUGAUUAGCCUAUAUCCGAUUAUAUCGCUGGCGGCGCUGCUUACAAUACUGCUGCCCUAUGCGUGGUUCAUGUGCCACACGCUGAUGCAUGCGAUGUUCAUGAUAGGCGGCCCCGCAUUUCGCACGCUGCUCUUUCGCUAUGUGGACUCGGAGCAGAACUUUAUUAAGCUCACAUCGUCGGAGCCCGUGGCGCUGAAUACGCCGCCUUGCUGCUGCUGCUGCGGCGGCUGCCUGCCGCUGGUGGUGCCCACCAAGGCGAAGCUCUGCAUCUCACGCUACAUGGUCUGGCAGAUGCCGUUCUGGCAGGGCAGCAUUAUGCUCGUUAUGAACAUACUCUACUAUCGCGAUCGCGAGCUCUACUCGCAAGUGAUGCUGUUCUUCAUACCCUUCAUAGUGGUGUCCAUUGUGCUGGGCGUUUGGUCGCUGCAGAUCACAGUGCGCAUGAUCAGCAAGCUGCAUGGCGACUAUCAGCUGCGCAAGAAAAUGUUUUGCCUGCAGCUUGUGGUGCUGCUCUGCAAGCUGCAGUACCUCAUACUCUACGAGCAGCUGAACAACUUUAAGCUGGGCGGCGAGUAUCCCAUCAAUCAUACCAUCCAUAAGCAAACUAUCAUCAACAUACUGAUACUGGUGGAAAUGGUGUUGGUCUCUAUGAUGACGCAGAGCGCCUAUCGCACGCCCAUUCAAGUGCAAAUCGAUGAGUUGAAUGUGCAUUCCAGUUAGUUGAAUUUCACUUAAUUAAUUACGCACGCAGUCAUAGGCAAAGUAUUGUGAUAAUUUAAUAAAGCCAAGCUAUAGCAAA